AUGCCUUCCGCUGAAGGCGGCCCCGAGCCGCCAGUCAAAAAUGCGCACGCAGCACCCGAAGGACAAGAGUUGGAUCGAUGGAAAACUUCGGUCCUCGCCAUGAUUGACAAGCGUAUCGAACUCUACCCAAGACCAUGGCCCAACUGUCGAACACCCUACGAAGAUAUAGAGCUUGGCAGUUCGCAAGACCUGAAUGCCACGGGUGGUCUCUCCGAGCCUAGUGACGAAGAUUUUCAGAAAUUUGAGCAAGAGUUGCUGCUCUUACGUGAACUCCAGGAGUCAUGCGAUGCUGCAAGGGUCACUGCACAAAGUCCUGAGUGGUCCGGGAUAUAUCCACCUUACUGGCCCGCUCGCAUCUACGCGUCGAAGGCCCUACCUGAUCAUCUCAAGAUCUUGCACGGUCAGGUUCGGAGUCGCUAUUCGUUGAACUCGUACACAAACAAGUGGCUCGACUUCACAAAGUUCAAGAUGAACCCUUACUUCCAAACUGUGUUCGCACGGCAGCUAACGGAGUCCGUCGAAGCGUAUGAGUUCAAACUUCAGUCAUUGGACCAAAUUGACAACCUCAUAUUUGGAGCCACCCCUUACCUACGAACUUUUGUUGACCUAGUGGGCCCGAUGCAGUUGACACAGCCACCUUGUAAAACGAUAGAACUACGUGUCCGAGUACCAUUUCAGGAUCCGGAACUACUAGAACUUUCGGAUAUCCAUUCUCUUCCAAUGAUUCAAUGA